UUCUUUCACGUUCAUACUGCCGCGUGCGUCUUAUUUCCAUGGCCCCAUAGUCUGUUUUCAUGGCAUAGAAUCUCCUGUCACUUGCUUUUCUAUAAAAAAAAUUCUCCUUCGUCUAUAUGUUGAGUUGAUUGAGUGUGCUCUGAGUCGUUUUGGUGUUUCGUUUCGGUUGUGCUUCAAUUGGAUUGGAAGUAUUGAAGAAGAGUUCGAUACGCAAGCUUGUCCCCGGACUUUGAGGGACUGCGUAGGGGUUGAGUAGUUGGUGGUAGCGAUCACAACUUCGACUUUUUCUUGAGCGAAGAAAAACGGGAACACAAUGUCUUGGUGUACAAUUGAGUCGGAUCCAGGGGUAUUCACGGAAUUGAUUCAACAAAUGCAAGUGAAAGGGGUUCAGGUGGAAGAGCUUUAUAGUUUGGAACUCGAAUCCCUUUCACAGCUCAGGCCAGUGUACGGUCUUGUUUUUUUGUUCAAAUGGCGAGCUGGGGAAAAGGAUGGCCGGCCUGUAUUGAAGGACUAUAACCCAAAUCUCUUCUUCGCCAGCCAGGUUAUCAACAAUGCAUGCGCAACACAGGCUAUACUCUCAAUCCUCAUGAACAGGCCGGAGAUAGAGGUUGGACCAGAACUCUCAACAUUGAAGGAAUUCACGCGGGGUUUCCCCCCUGAGUUGAAGGGGCUGGCCAUCAACAACAGUGAAGCUAUUCGCACGGCUCACAACAGUUUCGCCAGACCUGAACCAUUUGUGGCAGAGGAACAGAAAGUUGCAGACAAAGAUGAUGACGUGUACCACUUCAUCAGCUAUUUGCCUGUUGAUGGUGUUCUAUAUGAGCUCGAUGGACUAAAGGAGGGCCCCAUCAGUUUAGGCGAAUGCGGCGGUGAAGGCCCCGAUUCUAUGGACUGGCUGCAGAUGGUGCAACCCGUUAUUCAAGAGAGAAUUGAGAAGUAUUCCAAGAGUGAGAUCAGGUUCAACCUCAUGGCUGUUAUAAAGAAUAGAAAGGAUAUAUAUAAUGAAGAGAUGACACAGCUUGAAAUGAGGCGAGCUCGGUUGUGGGAUCGCAUAGAGAAGCUGGAAGGAAAGCGGGACGAUACAAUGGACGUGGACUCGGGAGACGAGGAGGUUGGUCCAGUGUCCAUUGAUAAGCUACGUAAUGAGUUUGCUGAUGUGGAGUCAGAGCUUGCUAAAGUGCAAGAUAAGAUAGCCAUGGAGGAUGAGAAGUUUCGCAAGUGGAAGACUGAGAACAUUCGCAGGAAGCAUAACUAUAUCCCUUUCCUGUUCAAUUUUCUCAAGAUUUUGGCAGAGAAGAAGCAGCUGAGACCUUUGAUUGAGAAGGCUCGUCAGAAAACUUGAGAGUCGUAAUGCUUACAUGAGCUGUAGAUCUUUGGAAGAUUUUUACACUCUCGUUUUUCAAGGUGUUAUAUUUCUUCUGUUUAUUGUUCAGUUUCGGCAAAUAAUUUGUUUUGAUUUUUGACGAGUGAUCAUAGCUACCUGAAUGCUUCUUUUGGAACAUGAGUCCUCAUGACAACGGGUUUUAGUGAUCAGA